GAAGGAGAAUUUUAUAAAAAGGAAUACAGCAAAAUAUUGCGUUUUGAAAUAACUUGGCGACAAAAAAAGCUUUUUUCUAGAAAACGCAGAACCGGAAGUGAAACAAAGCCCGCGCGUGCUCAUUCGGCCUGCUCAGACACACUGAUAUCUCACAUGAUGAAAUUUGAAUGAAGUUUAAAAACAAAAUCCAAUAGUGUUUCAUGGUAUAUAUACAUUAAAGGAACGACAUCCGUCAUGUCAUGAUUAAAAUUGAAAAAGUAUUUUAAAACUCUGAUAUAAGGCACGAAACGAGGACCGAGACUCGAGACUUUAGGCCGAGAUUCGAACAACACAUCAAGAAAAUCAUAUAAGGGGGAGAGUGGAGAGCGAGGUGGAGAGUUGUGGAGCCUUCAAGCGGCAGACUGGUUACAGGGGCCUCAUGUCUAUGCAUUAUUCUCAAGCUAUGGCCUUACCCCUCUACAGAUAAACCAGCUUUUUGUAGCUGGAUUUGGGUCAUCCAUGAUUUUUGGGACAAUAGUGGGUUCUUUUGCAGAUAAACUAGGAAGAAAAUUCAAUUGUAUACUAUAUGGAAUUCUUUAUGGACUUGACUGUAUAUGUAAGCAUUUCCCAAACUUCUAUAUUUUGAUGUGUGGGCGGUUCAUGGGUGGAAUCGCAACAUCUAUCUUAUUCAGUGCUUUCGAGUCCUGGCUUGUAUGCGAACACGGAAAGAGAGGCUUCCGCAGGGAUCUGCUUUCAGUGGUCUUCUCUCAUGCUGUUCUUGGCAACUCCAUCGUUGCUAUUGGAGCUGGUCUAGUUGCACAGGCCGUGGCCGACACAUUUGGAUUUGUGGCACCGUUUACACUCUCCGUGGUUCUACUGGUUUUAGUCAGUGGUGUGGUGUUCACAACCUGGACUGAAAACUAUGGCGACACAUCCGGGAAUCUUGCCAAAUCACUAGGAAGUGGAUUAAAAGCAAUACGAAGGGACUCCAAAGUGUUGUGUCUUGGUCUGAUCCAGUCUCUGUUUGAAGGAUCCAUGUACACUUUCGUCUUGGAGUGGACCCCAGCACUAACACCUGCAUCUGCAAUUGGUGCAAAGCAGACCAAAGAAACCAUUCCACAUGGAUGGAUAUUUGCCGGAUACAUGGUCUCCAUUAUGCUUGGGUCGUGUAUUUUCAGAUAUAUAUGCAGGCUUUGCGCUCCAGAGAACUUCAUGAGAUUUGUGUUCGCAAUUGCUGCAAUGUCCCUGGCAGUUCCGAUCAUCUCUCCACAGAGCCAGACGUCCAUAUUUAUUGGUUUCCUAGUAUUUGAAUGCUGUGUUGGUAUUUUCUGGCCUGCUGUGGGGACAAUGAGAGGCAAAUACGUGCCUGAAGAGACGCGGGCGACAAUAAUGAACAUGUUUCGUAUACCUCUGAAUCUAAUCGUCAUUGUCAUCUUAUUACAGGGCUUUCCCAUGGCGAUAGUAUUCAAAUGCUGCGUGGUUUUCCUGUUCACGUGUUGUGCCACCCAGCACUGGAUGUACACUGUGUGCAUCAAACCGGACGAAUCAUCCGUUCCCGGCGAAAUAAAACGAGAGGAGGUUAUUCUGCAACCAUAGCUACAAGCACUGCACGCCGCUUCGCUAGCCCAUAAUGCAGUGGGCCGCUAUUCCAAGACGAGUUCGAGCCUUUGAGUUACUCAGUAGUGUCUAAGCCGGCCAAUAGUAUCUAGACAGCCGCCAACACUUGGAAGCCACUUCAGAGUGGCCGUAGCAGAGUCAUCAAUAUAUAGCCAAUAUCUAAUACACCAAUAACUUGAAUCCGACCUGCCAAAUUUUCGUCUUUAAUAAGAUUUCUUCAGCCAAUAUCUAUAUAUAUAUAUUUUUUUUUGGGGGGGGGGGGGGCACAGUCACGCCCCUACUAAUUAUUUCCUCAUAAUUUGUCCUGCACUGGAUAAGCAACUCAAUAGAGACGGGUAAAUGUUUAACUCAAGGAAGUCAACCAAUUGUACGCUCUCAGUGAUGGCUCAAGUUUGUACUAGCUCGUUUCUAUCUGCAAGCUUAUUUUGUUUGACUUUAUGAAAUAACUUCGACUUUAGAGCCCCCCCCCCCCCACCCACAACCCACAACCCACGAAAAUAGGCCUAUUGGCUUCAAAUUUUAAAAAUAUUGAAAUAUUUCCAGGGGUGUGAGUGUGAGUAUUCCUUGAGGGGCUAAAAUGACAAAUUUAUUCCCUCCGUGUGUAUUAGGCGGUGGGGGAGAUUACUGGAUUUAAUUUGCCGUUAAACAUUUUGUCAGGUUUGAUUCUUUAUUCUAGAGAAUAUUAUAUAAAACGAUUAAAAACGUAUUUCCAUUAAUACGAGGUACGUGGUAUUUUAAAUGUAGAUAUAAUAAAUGAUCUUACUAUGAAA